AUGCCGACGGAGCUGGAGGAGCUGGUCGACUUCCUCCACCAUGGAAACACGCAGAUCCGCCAGAUAGCAUGCGAGAACCUCGUCGGCUACUCUGCCUCUCAGCCCGCGCUCUUCAAGCGACACCAGCUGCUCCCCGUUAGAGACCUCAAGCUUCUGGUCAAGGACUACCCACCGAUUGCCAAAGAUGCGCUGACCAUCCUGAUCAACUUGUCGGCGGACGACGAAGUGCUCAAGGAGCUGGCGGAGGAUGAUGCCUUUCUCGAGACCCUCCUGAAGAAAGUCACCAACCCAAAGGAAAAGGCAGCAACUGAGAUAACAAUGCUGCUCGCAAACCUGGCCAAGUCAGACAGUAUCAAGCGUAUCGUCAGCCUGGAGAGAGCAGUGCCGGAAGGAGUGUCGACCUCCAAGAAGGCUAUGGACCAGCUUAUGGACUGCUUCAUCAAGGGAGGAGACAAGGACAAGGAUCAGGACAAGACAUACGACUAUCUCUCCUACUUCUUUGCCGACAUCUCUAAGUUCGAAGAAGGACGAGCCUACUUCGUCACCGAGCAAGCCUACGACGCGGUAAUCCCCAUCACAAAGCUGACAGUUUUCACCGAGCACCGCAGCCAGAUUCGGCGCAGAGGAGUCGCGUCUACAAUCAAGAACGUCGCCUUUGAUGUCUCCUCCCACCCAGUCCUCAUGUCGGAGGAACAGGUCAAUCUGCUGCCUUAUAUCCUCCUCCCGCUCGCCGGGCCAGAAGAGUUCACCGACGAGGAAAGCUCAGAUAUGCUGCCGGACCUACAACUGCUCCCGCCAGACAAACAGCGAGAUCCAGACCCGGACAUUCUCACGGCACAUCUCGAGACGCUUCUCUUGUUGACCUCGACUAGGGACGGUAGAGACAUGCUUCGGAGGGUUCAGGUCUAUCCUCUGAUCAGGGAGUGCCAUCUACAUACCAACAACGAGGCUGUACAGGAAGCCUGUGACCGACUGGUGCAAGUCAUUAUGCGAGACGAGGAGGGUGAAGGGGAGGCUACAGAAGCCGCCAUCGAGAAGGCCAGACUCCAGAUCGAGGCGAAGAAGGCUGACGAUGCGGAUGAAGAGAAGGUCGUAGAUAUCUUUUGA